AGACGCACGGCGCGCUGACGUUAGAGCGCGGCAGCGCGCGGCAGAGACGAGCCGGGGGCUGCGGGCGCCAUGAGCAAAGCGCACCCGCCCGAGCUGAAAAAGUUCAUGGACAAGAAGCUGUCGUUGAAGCUGAACGGCGGCCGGCACGUGCAGGGCAUCCUGCGGGGCUUCGACCCCUUCAUGAACCUGGUGAUCGACGAGUGCGUGGAGAUGGCGGCGGGCGGGCAGCAGAACAACAUCGGCAUGGUGGUGAUCCGAGGGAACAGCAUCAUCAUGCUGGAAGCUUUGGAACGAGUGUAAACCCCUGGAAAACCCCAAAUCCCCACCCACCGCUUCCAUUCCCUUGUCCACGAUGCUGCCCAGGAGUGAACAAUUAUUUUGGUUUUGUUAUUAAAUCAAUUUUGUAAUGGUUGACCUAA